AUGGAUACUUUGCACCCAUGCCUUGGAGAGGAAGCUUUAAUAAGAGGUGAAGAGGAGGAAGAGGAGGAUGACUGGGACGAAGAAGAUGAAGAAGAUGAAGAGGAGGAAGAAGAUUACACAGAAAAAGAGGAAUCGGCUGCCGUGAAGCAGCAAACACCAGCCUGGGCUCCACGUUUCUUCUACAGAUUAGGUAAAGAGAUGUACAACUAUGUCGGCGAGGAGAUCGUCAUCGAAGAAGGUCUCGACUCGUAUGCAGGCAUGAUAUGGCCAGCGGCCUCGGCUCUCUGUCACUACCUCGACACUCAUCGUCAACAGCCGAGUCUUGUGGACAGAACAGUCCUGGAGAUCGGAGCAGGAACAGGGCUGGUCUCAGUCGUAGCAUCACUCCUCGGUGCCUGGGUCACAGCCACAGACCUUCCAGAAUACCUGAGCAACCUGAGAGUGAACCUGUGCAGAAACACCAGGAGCCGCUGCAGACACACUCCCCAGGUGGCAGCUCUGUCCUGGGGCUAUGACCUGGAGGACAGCUACCCUUCAUCCGUCUACCGGUACGACUACGUGCUGGCUGCUGAUGUGGUCUACCAUCACGACUUCCUGGACGAGCUCCUGGCCACCAUGAAGCAUUUCUGCAAACCAGGAACGACUAUUAUCUGGGCCAACAAGAUCAGAUUUGAGUCUGAUCUGACUUUCAUUGAGAAUUUUAAAAAAGCCUUUCACACAAGUUUACUCGCUGAAGAUGGAGAGAUGAAGAUCUUCAUAGCAACAAGUAGAGAAGGAGAGCGAGAGUGUGAUGCAGGGUUAGAAAUGCAGGAUCUCUUGAGAGAGGAUGAGGAAAGUGAAGAAGAGCAUGUGGAGCACAAACACAAUGAGGCUGAGCUCGACUGUGACAGAAAAGAAAAUGGCAUUGACAUCACACAGGGACCUGACAUGUUAGAAGCUGAAAUAAGAGAUGAAAAGGAAGAAGUGGAGGAGAUAGUGGACCUGAGGACAGCCGACUAUGAAGAGGAUGAGAAGGAUGAACCAGAGGACACUGACUCAAAACAUGAAGACAUAACAGGUGAUCCUCUAUAA